AUGGAUCUUUUUUUUCUGACCGAGGCCGCCAGAUAUGAGUUGCUCGAAGCCCGGGCCGCUGGUAUCUUCCAGUUUGCCGGCGCGCAGGUUGCGACCAAUGUCGCGCGCAUGUUGGUUGCACAGGUGGCUGGUCUGCUGACUGACAACUUUGCCUUGAAGAGGAUGUAUGUCGCUUCGGAGGCCCUGAACCUGGUACUGGCAGUGGCAAUGUUUGCUUGCGGGCAACAUCACAGCAGAAUGCUCUUCGCACUGAAUGUAGGUCUGGGCCUCCUUUUUGCCUUCUCCCAACCUGUGACCAAGUCGAUGCCUCCCGCAGUGGCGGAUUCACGAGAGGACUUGGCUAUCAUCAACGGAUGGGACCUGACCUGCGACAAGAUUGGUCGCUACUUGGCGCCUUUUGCGUACGCGGUGGUUUCUUCCAGUUAUGGAUUCAAAGUUGCGGUCUUCCUUAGUUGCUUGCUCUAUUCCCUACUGGCGGUGCUUCGCACCCUCGUCAGGGUGGAGGAGCCGCCCUCUCGCAAACAAGCGACCAAUGGCGAGUCACGACCUACUGUGGCUCAAAAGCUUCGAGGUCUUCUGCAGCAGAUAGUGGAUGGAGUGACCUCGCUGAAGCGAGAUCGAGUCCUCCAAUUGCUGAUCAUCAACACCUUGGUGACAAAUGUCUUCCUGUACCCUUUGAAUUCUGUACAUUUUCCAGUUCUCUUCAAACAGGUGGCGGAGCGCGCCGACCAGCUUGACUUGAGCGUGUUUGACUACAUGCUGCAGAAGGUGAUGUUCGCGCUGGACAUCAAGAAGAAAGACAUGUGGAGAAACUACAAUGCUUUGGUUUCCCUCGGCGGCGUUGCAGGACCUUUCCUGUCCAACGCCUUGAUUUACAUGCUGGAGGCCUACUCGACGAACCACAAAGCUUGUCAACUGUGGGUCGGUGUCAACUUUGGCAUCACUUCACAGAUUGCCACCAUGGCAUUGCUGGCCGUGGUGGUGAUGCUCAGCGGCAACCUGGGUGCUGGCUCAUUAGUAUUCAAUUUAGUUGGUGCGUGGAUCUUGAUGAUUGCUGUGAACAACAUUGUCACAACUUACUUCAACUCGAUCUCGCAAGAACGGCUUCAGCACAAAGAGCGAGGCCGAUUUAUUGCCAACAUCAUGACAAUUUUCAAUCUGGGCAGCAUUUGUGGAAGUUUGUUGUUUGGCUGGGUCCUAUCUGCCUAUGACAACAGCGUGAGUGGAUCUGUGAGCCUAUUGAUUUGUGGCCUGGUCAUCAAGAGCGUUUUACUCGUUCUGCUUCGAAAGGAAGGAAACGGAACCUUUGCAGGUGAGAGUUUUUGCUUUGUCUCUCUGGCUCGGCUCAAGUGGAACACAUUUUUUGUUUGCGAAGCUCCCGGACUGCUCUACCAAUGGCAACCAGUGAGGAUGCCAAGCGGAAACGGGAGGAUGAAGCUGAAGUCGAAGCUAAGAAGCUGUGCACUUCGUGCCUGGGCGAUGGUGAUCGAGUCGAACCAUCACAAUUGCAAAGAGGAUAUGGACAUAAUUGGGAUGUUAUAA